GGUGGCUGCAGGAAAAGGAAGAUAAAAAGACAUAAUAGUUUCCCUGCAGAGAUUAAACUGCCACAUGUCUGUAACUCCAGUAAAGUCUCAACCUGGAGGAGGAAACACGACCUCCCAAACAGAGCUGCCGGAAGGGGCGGGGCUAUGACGUCACACUCCUGAAGUGAACAUUAAUGUUUGUUGAGCGACAGUCGAGACGAGUCUCUGUGUUUCUGUCCAAAGAAAUAUUAACUCUGCUCGUCGGGGUUUUCUCAACAGCUGACCCACAAACUGAUAUGGCUGCUGCCAGCAAUCUGCUGUCUGAAGAUCAGUUUCUGUGCUCCGUCUGUCUGGAUGUGUUCACUGAUCCAGUCACCACACCAUGUGGACACAACUUCUGCAAGAAGUGCAUCAAUGAUUACUGGAAUACCAACAACCAGAACAUGUGUCCAAUGUGUAAAAAGGUUUUCUUCUCAAGACCUGAGCUGCUCGUCAACACCUUCAUCUCUGAGAUGGUUUCUCAGUUCAGACAGUCGGCUCAACAGAAAGCCAGCAGCAGCAGCUCAGAGCAACAAGAGUCCAAACCAGGAGAAGUUCCCUGUGACGUCUGCACUGGAACCAAACUGAAGGCCCUGAAGUCCUGCCUGGUGUGUCUGGUCUCCUACUGUGAGACUCACCUGGAGCCUCAUCUGACAAUGUCAGGCCUGAAGAGACAUCAGCUGAUGGACCCUGUGGAGAACCUGGAAGACAGGAUGUGUACGAAGCACGAUAAACCUCUGGAGCUGUUCUGUCUAGACCACAAGAUGCACAAUGUUGUUCCUCUGAAGGAAGAAUAUGAAGGAAAGAAGGUCGAGCUGGAGAAGACAGAGGCUGAACUUCAGGAGAUGAUCCAGAAGAGACGACUGAAGAUUCAGGAGGUCAAACACAAAGUGGAGCUCAGUGAGGAAGAUGCAGACAGAGAGAAAGCAGAAGGUGUUCAGGUCUUCACUGAUCUGAAGGAGUCUGUUGAGAGAAAACUGAACGAGCUCAUCAAUACGAUAGAAGAGAAGCAGAGAACAACAAAGAAACAGGCUGAAGACUCCAUCAGAGAGCUGGAACAGGAAAUCUCUGAGCUGAUGAAGAGAAGCACUGAGGUGGAGAAGCUCUCCCUCUCUGAAGACCACCUCCACCUCCUCCAGAGUGUCCAGGCCCUAAACAUCCACCAUCCACCACCCACCAAUUGCUGGUCUGAGGUCAGUGUUCCUCCAGCAUCAUAUGAGGGGACUGUGGUGAGAGCUGUGUCUCAGCUGGAGGAGACUCUCAGUAAAAAGAUGAAGAAGCUGGUUGCUGAAGUUAAGAUGAAGAGGGUCCAGAAGUUUGCAGUGGAUGUGACUCUUGAUCCUGAAACAGCUCAUCCUCUCCUCAUCCUGUCUGAUGACGGGAAACAAGUGAAUGAUAGUGAUGUGAAGAAGAAUCUCCCAAACAAACCAGGGAGAUUUUCUGAGUAUGUGUUUGUCUUAGCAAAGCAGAGUUUCUCUUCUGGCAGAUUUUACUUUGAGGUUCAAGUUAAAGGAAAGACUGACUGGGAUUUAGGAGUGACCAGAGAGUCAAUCAAAAGGAAGAGAAACAUCACACUGAGCCCUCAGAAGGGUUACUGGACUCUAUGUUUAACAAAUGGAAAUGAGUAUCAAGCUCUUGAUGACCCUCCAGUUCUUCUCUCCCUGAAGUCUGGUCCUCAGAAGGUGGGGGUGUUUGUGGACUAUGAGGAGGGUCUGGUCUCCUUCUAUGACGUAGAAGCUGCAGUUCUCAUCUUCUCCUUUACUGGCUGCUCCUUCAAGGAAAAACUCCUCCCAUACUUCAGUCCUGAACUUAAUCAUGGUGGUAAAAACUCUUCACCUCUGAUCAUCUCUCCUGUUGGAGUAAACUAAUCACUCUCUUUGUUUAUUGUAAUGAUUUUAUUCAUUGAAGAGAAUAAAUGUAUAUAUUUUGUGUGAAUAUGAUGCAGUUUAACUUUACAUCUUAUUUCAUACAGUCUGUUUACUGUGGUGAUUGAUUUACACGUCAUUAAGACACACUUACAUACACACAUUCAUCUCUUAAACUCUGCAUCAUGACACAUUAUAUGGAGAAUAUCCAUUUAAACCUUUGUUAAAUCCACAGACAUUUAUUUCCACUUCCAGAAGAAAGAUCCUUCUUUAAAGACACCAAAUACAAGAAGCUGAAGAUUGACUUUGAGUAAUCUGAUGUUCGCCCACAGAAAACAUUGAUAAAUAGUUUUGUCUUGAAGCUUCAUUAAGAGUGAGGCCUAUUACAUUUAUAGAAUACACUUUGUUUUAUUGUGUUAUUAAAGUUAAUAAAUAGUAUCAAUGAACAUUUUUUUCCGUGUGAAAAGUGGUUUAUAUAACUAUUUAUCACUUCG